CAUUCUCAGCCACAGUUUUUUUGUGGAUUCUUGGACUAUUCUGGAAUCCUGUCAAAUCAAUCGGCAGAUUAUCAGUUACGUACCAAACAUCUUAUCAUGCGACAGCAUCGAUCGCACUACAAUAACUACCAAGCUCAACAGCAGCAGCAAUACUAUGCGAAUCAGUAUCAAAAUCAGGACUCUCACUCCGUAAUUCUGGUGACCGCCGGUUACGACCACACCAUUCGCUUCUGGGAAGCAUUAAGUGGCAUUUGUUCGAGAACCAUUCAACACCCUGAUUCGCAAGUUAACAGAUUGUGCAUCUCUCCUGAUAAAAGAUAUCUUGCGGCAGCAGGAAAUCAACAUAUCCGGUUAUACGACAUCAACAGCCCUAACUCGAACCCGAUAACUUCCUUUGAUGGUCACACCGGAAAUGUCACAGCAGUUGGGUUUCACUGCGAGGGAAAAUGGAUGGUCACUGGUAGCGAGGACGGAACCCUCAAAAUAUGGGAUACAAGGCAUGUUAUAUUAAAAAGAUAUGAGUCUAUAGCACCGUCGAUUCAACGCAAUUAUGAUCACAAGGCCCCCGUAAAUGACGUAGCCAUUUAUCCUAACCAAGGAGAAUUGAUUUCUUGCGAUCAGAAAGGAAGCAUCAAGAUUUGGGAUCUGAGCGAAAACUCUUGUACCCAUGAAUUGGUCCCUGAAGAGGACGUUCCUCUACGUUCCGUGACAAUAGCUUUUGAUGGAUCUAUGCUUGUUGCGGCGAAUAACAAAGGUAAUUGUUAUGUAUGGAAGAUGUCUAAUACCAGAGAUUAUACUGAUCCACAGACGAUCACAAAGUUUUCGGCACACGACCGGUAUAUCACUCGAUGCUUAUUGAGCCCCGAUGCCAAGAAUUUGGCAACGUGCUCGGCAGAUAGUACAGUUAAAAUAUGGUCCACGUCAAAUAACGAAUUUAAAUUAGACAAAGAGCUCACAGGACAUCAACGAUGGGUGUGGGAUUGCGCAUUCUCUGCUGAUUCGGCAUACUUGGUCACCGCGUCCUCGGAUCACUCUGCCCGGCUUUGGGAAUUGCAACAAGGUGAAACGAUAAGACAAUACAACGGGCAUCAUAAAGCCGCAGUUUGCGUGGCAUUAAAUGAUUUAUCAAUUGGAAAUUAA